AUGCAGGGCAGCAGUGGAGGGGACUGGCAGGGGGCGCUGCAGGUGCCAAGGCCCCAAGGUGGGCCUGUGACCUCUGCCCAGAGCCUCCAGCCUGCUGUGGGCCCCCUUUCACCUCCAUGUCCCUCGCCCCGUGUGCACCUCGCGUGCCCCGGCGUGACGGUGUCCCCGUCCCCAGGCACCGUGUGUGUCCUGCUGUCCUUCCCGUUCAUCUUCAGCCCGUGCCUGGGCUGCGGGGCGGCCACGCCGGAGUGGGCAGCGCUGCUGUACUACGGGCCCUUCGUGGUGACCUUCCAGUUCGGCUGGGCGGCCACGCAGAUCUCCCACCUGAGCCUCAUCCCCGAGCUGGUCACCAACGACCACGAGAAAGUGGAGCUCACGGCCCUCAGGUACGCCUUCACCGUGGUGGCCAACAUCACCGUCUACGGUGCCGCCUGGCUCCUGCUACACCUGCAGGCCAAGUCGCGCACUGGCCCCGCCAUGGACGUGGACGUGAGCGAGCAGCUGGGGGUCCAGGACAUGUCGGUGUUCCGGAACCUGUCGCUGCUGGUGGUGGGCGUCGGGGCGGGAGCCGGCGUUUUACCAGGUGGGUCCGGCCUGUCCUGCGGGGCUCGGGAGCGUGCAGACCCUGCCCCGCCAGCCCAGGGCAGUCUUCCCCGAUCGGGCGCCGCGCGCCCCCUGCUGGCGGCGGGGAGAGCCGGGCUGACCGCCCCGUCGUGCGGCCCACAGGUGGGCGUGCUGUACAUGACCACGAGGCUCAUCGUGAACCUGUCGCAGACCUACAUGGCCAUGUACCUCACCUACUCCCUCAACCUGCCCAAGAGGUUCAUCGCGACCAUCCCCCUGGUGAUGUACCUGAGCGGCUUCUGCUCCUCCUUCCUCAUGAAGCCCAUCAACAAGAGCAUCGGGAGGACCCUGACCUACUUCCUGGGACUCCUGGUGGUCCUGGCCUUCGCCUCCUGGGUGGCGCUGGCGGGUAGGCUGGGCGUGGCCGUGUACGCGGCUGCCGCGCUGCUGGGCGCCGGCUGUGCCACCAUCCUGGUCACAUCGCUGGCCAUGACUGCUGACCUCAUUGGGCCCCACACGCACAGCGGAGCCUUCGUGUACGGUGCCAUGAGCUUCUCGGACAAAGUGGCCAACGGGCUGGCCGUCAUGUUCAUCCAGAGCCUGCACCCCUGCCCCUCCGAGCUCUGCUGCAGGGCCUGCGUGGGCUUCUACCACUGGGUGAUGGUGGCCGUGACGGGCGGCGUGGGCGUGGCCGCUGCCCUCUCUCUGUGCACUCUCCUCAUCUGGCCCAUCCGCCUGCGAAGCUGGGAUCCUGGAGCCCAACCCUGACGCUGGCUCCCAGCUUCGCAGCGAAGCACGUGCAACAGGCGGCGUCCAGGCUCGGGGAGAAGCCCCACACCACCUACGCUUCCACGGACCCCCUCCAUCCCAGCCUGGCUUUGGGGGCCCAGGGCCAGAGCAAGAAGAGGAAUCCAGGACUUAGCCCGCCAGGGUGGGGCACCUGGCUCGGUCUGCUGAUACCCCGGAGCCGCGGGCCCCACCUUUGCGGGGACCCAGCCCCCACCGUAGCACAUUCCCUGCCCUCUCGGUGAGCGGCGUGCCCAGGAGUGAGGGCCGCAGGAGUCUACGGGCAGCCUGGGCAUGGCCCCAGGGCGCGUCUCCCUCCCUCCCAGCCUAGGGUCUCGCAGGUGCUGCCAGGAGGCCCCGCCACGGGUGAGGGGCUGGGCCUGACCCCGGCGUGGUGGGCAGCGGGGCUGCCCUGGACAGAGGAAGGAAUAAAGAGCCCUGCAGGGCGGACUGUUU